CGUUUGAAUAAAUAAAAUCAAGGCUGCCAAUCGACGUACAUAACCUUCAAAGCAUUUUUGAAAAAGUGUUUUAUUUUUGGGCAAAAUGGCACAAGACAAGGUUUCAGUUGCGUCAGACUGUGAAACAGAAAAACAGGAAGCAAUGGCAUUUUUGCGCGAACGGUAUUUAUACUUACUUUCAAGUUUAUGUGUUACAGGGGCUGGAGAUUGUGAAAUAAAAAUGUAUGAAAACACGAAUGUAAAAUGCCGGAUAAAAGCGUUCGAUUCAAAUUUUGAAAAUAUUAUUGUUGAGGAUCUGCAAACACCCAUGCCUAUCCCGAUCAAUAAGGCGAUUUUGCGGACUAAUGAUUUAAUUUCAAUGAAGUUUAAUUGUGACUAUACUGAAUUAAUUAAAUAAAACAUUUUACCUUUUUUAAUUUUA